GGUGUCUGAGGUACUGCUGCUUAAGACCAGACCAGAGCAGAGCCUGGGACUGACUCCAAAGCUUCUCCGAGCUCCACUUCUCACUGGUCGCUGCUUCUGGAUCUAACUGCCUCUCGCGUAUCUGAAGGAGAAAUUGUCACUAUCUUUUUUGAAUUUGGAGCUGUUUGUACUCACAGCUGUUUGGAACAUUGGAACAGAAUAAUGGAUCUCACCACUUUUUACUUCCUGGCCACUACUUUGGUUUUGAUGCUGGAGCAUGAAGCAUACUCAGACCCCACCGCCCCUGGGCCUGGUCCAGAGGAGGGCCCCGUGAUGCAGCUCGUCCACAGGCCCCUACGGCGGGAGAAGCGUUGUUCCUGUGAGAACCUGAAUGAUAAAGAAUGUGUGUACUUCUGCCACAUUGGCAUCGUCUGGGUCAACACUCCUAGUCAGGUAGUGCCAUAUGGAGUGGGCUCCUUCCCUGUUCGACUGAGGAGAGAGGUGGGACGGUGCUUCUGCGUGAAGAGAAAUGACUUUGAGUGUCUUCACUUUUGCUUUGCCUUGGAUACACUCAAAGAAGGUGAAAAUUAUUUGGUCAAGAGGAGAUUUGCGACAAAGUUGAAGAAGAGAUAUAAGGCUGAAAUCUCAAAUAAAAGGAUCCAACAAACACUAAUGCAAGAAACCUGAAAGAAGAGAAUGGACACUAGUUUCAUCACCCUAGUUUCAAGUCAUCUACUUUGAUUGGUCUCUCUUACAAUAUGAUGCAAAAGAACAUUGUACAAUGGUGGGCCACUUCUGAAAUGUAUUUAUGAAAUUAUGUCGUAACUUUGCCGUCUUUUAAUGAUUGUGAAUCAUUCUCAAAUGUUUUAUUUGCUGUACAUAAAUGUUUCUACUUUACAACAUACAGUACAUAAAUAAUGUUGAAAUCAGAUGCAGUUAUAUAGUUACAGUAAUGCAGAAAUUAGCAGUAUUAAGAUGUUAAAUUGAAAUGUAUUGUAUCUCUGUCAAUAUUGUUUCUGUCAUGUUACAAUGUUUUGGCCCCUUGCAUCCAUGUUUGCUGUCAUAAAGUUUGAAUGUGAAAGACAUGCGUGCUAGAGAUGCAAAGUGAUGCAGUUCAUGGUUCUUAGCAGUGAGUUAUGUGCCAAACCAGACAGGGAAUCAUCUGUGUGAUCUAGGACAGGUGGGUGAUUUAAUGUAUCAUAUAUCCAAAAGUAUAAAAGUAGAGUUUACAUGUUACAGCAGUGGUAUCCAAAGUCGGGGUUGCCAAAAUAGUCCCUGCUGAAAAAGUUUGAAUACCAGUGUUACAAUUAAAAUUGCAUUGCUACCAAGACAUGGAUUUCAGACUAGGGCUGAUAUUCAAGCAAACCUGCAAGGCUACCAGACCGCUGAAGAAAAACCCAUUUCAUAUAGUAUUACUAUCUCUUACAGGGAAUAAAGCUAGUCUGUAUUGACGUAUUAUCUCAUAACUAGCUAUGCAGGUUGG